UGAAUCAAAUUUUCGUUCACAUUUAAAAUGGAGGAUUGAAAAAGAUAAAGAUAAAUCAUUCGUUAUUGUUGUUUAUAAUAAAAUUGAAAUUAAAGAGUCUUUUAAAGAAUUAUUAUUCGAAAGAUGUAGAGUUCAACAAUCUAUCGAAAGAUCACCCAUUCAUUUUUACAGCAAAUGUGAUCCAUACUAUGAAUUCACUAAUUUCUUCCCAAUUUCCGUUAUAAUUGAUGAUGUCGAAUGGCCAACAACGGAAAAUUAUUUUCAAGCUCAAAAGUUUGAACACAAAUGGAUUUAUAAUGAAAUUCGAGAAGCCUGUUCGGCGAGGGAAGCCUUUAAGAUCAGCCGAUACUAUGAUCCUCAUAAGCGUCAUGACUGGGAAGAUCGGAUACCAGAUACGGGGAAAAUUUUUAAAGAAAAUGUGAUGCGAACUGCAUUAAUGGCCAAAUUUGGACAACAUGAACGUUUAAAAUAUAUGUUACUGUCAACCGGAAACAUACCACUUUUCGAACACACAAAAAAUGAUUUAUACUGGGGUGACGGGGGUGAUUUUGGAGGGGGACAGAACAAAUUAGGAAUGAUUCUGCAGGAAGUAAGAGAAAUUUACAUGUUAGAAGAAGUUCAAAAGAUUGCGACUAUUAAAUCAACACUCGUUCAUUCAGCUCCUAGAAAACGACGAUGGUUAAAUCAUCUUUCAUCACAUGUAUUAAAUGAAGAUAUUCGAUUAACAUUACCUCCAUCCCCCGUAAAAACUAUAUGGUUUUCCUGGUUCCGAUUUAUUAUUUGGAUGAAGCCAUAUUUGAAAUAUUUGAUUACUUUUUAUCAAAAAGAAAGAAAAUUACCUGAUCCUUCAAAAGAUAUUAUCAAUCUUGCAAGCUGGUUUUCUAAUCCAAAUACGGUUAUUCAUAUUGAAUUAAUUACUAUGUUUAUUACAUAUAACGGAAAACA